AUGGCUCCAUCACCCAAGAAAAUCAACGUCGCUCGCCUGGCCUCGGUGCUGUAUCAGCACGUUGACGUCGAAAAAGCAGCCCAGUUUCUCGGAGACUUUGGCCUUCAAGAGGUGGCUCGGCAGGAUGGGCGCAUCUAUUUCGCCGGGUUCGGUAUUGACCCCUACGUCUAUGCAGCUGAAAAGUCUCCCGGCUCACGCCGCGCCUUUAUUGGUGCAACUUGGGUUGUCGAGGCUGAGAGCGACCUAGAGAUCGCUGCGAAGCAUCCUGACGCUACAGGGAUUCAGAACGAGAAGGGUCCCGGUGGCGGUAAAAGGGUGGACAUCGUUGACCCAAAUGGGUUUUUCGUGGGCUUCAUUCACGGCCAGGCCUCAAGAAACAAUGUUGACGACGUAGAGAAGAGCCGGAUCGCUGACAAUGAGAGCCCCUCCACCAACCUUAUUGACGAAAAACCAAGAAAAGGUCGUUUCAGGCGUUUCAACUACGGGCCUAGUCCAAUUCAUAAGUUAGGGCACUACGGGUUCAUGGUCCCCAAAGACAGUUACGAAAAGACGCUGAAAUGGUACACUGGCCUCAUGAACCUGGUGCCUACCGAUGCGGUCUUCGACCCUCAGACGAACAAGGACACGACUUGCUUCAUGCACAUCGAUAAAGGCAUCACUUUCACAGACCAUCAUAGCUUCUUCCUCGGCGCCCAUCCGUUCAGCCAGACUCCGUUUGUUCACCACGCUAGCUUUGAGGUCAAUGAUAUGGACACCCAGGCCCUCGGCCAUGAGUGGCUUCUGAAGAAUGGUUACACCAACUGUUGGGGAAUAGGACGACAUGUCCUGGGCAGUCAACUCUUUGACUACUGGUAAGCAUGGGCGCAUCUCCUAGGAUUCCAAAGAGCAUGGGCCGAAUAGUCUAUUAACCUGAUAUUUUCCCCACAGGUUUGAUAGCUCUGGAAACAUUCUUGAACAUUAUUGCGACGGUGAUCUGGUCAAUGAGGAUACUGAAGCUACGCGUUCUCCCGAAGCACCAGACGCCCUCCAUGUUUGGGGUCCAAACGUUCC